AUGACCCAACUUUAUAAACAACAGGAAUUGACUCCUGAACAAAUCAAACUUAUUCUCAGCACCGUGCCCAUUUUAGAGCAAGCGGGUGAAACCUUGACGGCUAAAUUCUACAAGAGGAUGUUGACAAACUACGACGAAGUCAAACCCUUCUUUAAUGAGACCGACCAAAAGUUAUUACGUCAACCAAGAAUCUUAGCAUUUGCGUUGUUGAAUUAUGCAAAAAAUAUUGAAGAUUUAACUCCAUUAACUGCGUUUGUUCAACAAAUCGUUUCAAAACAUGUUGGUUUGCAAGUAAAAGCAGAACAUUACCCUAUUGUUGGAACUUGUCUUAUUGAAACUAUGGUGGAGAUCUUGCCCAAGGAUAUUGCUACACCCGAGUUCAUUGAAGCUUGGAGUACUGCUUAUGGAAACUUGGCUGCUCUUUUAAUUGAUUUGGAAGCUAACCAAUAUAAGCAAGAGCCAUGGCAAGGUUUUAAGCCAUUCACCGUUACCAAAAUUGUUGAUGAGUGUUCCGAUGUGAAGUCGGUAUAUUUCACUCCAAAAGAUGGCAGUCAAAUUCCUCCUGCAAAACCUGGUCAGUAUGUUUGUAUUCGUUGGAAAUUACCUGGAGAGCAGUUUGAAAAAUCAAGAGAAUAUUCCAUCUCUCAAGUGCCUGAAAAUAAUGAGUUUAGGAUUUCGGUUAGAAAAUUAGACGGUGGGAAAAUAUCAACAUUUGUUCACGAACAGUUGAAAGUUGACGAUGUAUUAGCAGUUGCCCCACCAAAUGGUAACUUCACCUAUAAAGAAGAACCCAAAGAGAAAGGGUUGAUCUUAAUAGCUGGUGGAAUUGGUAUUACUCCCUUAGUUUCCAUUUCUCAAACGGCAUUAUCACAAGGACGUAAAGUUAAGCUUGUAUAUGCCAAUAGAUCUGUUGCUCAUCGUGCUUUUGGUCCAUAUUUCAAGAAGCAAAUAGAAGCGUACCCUCAAAGUUUGUCUGUUGUUGAGUACUUUUCCAACCAAGAAGGUGAUAAAGCAGACGCUAUUUCUGAGUCCUUCAAUAGAGAAUUAACGUUGGAGGAUUUAGACUUUAUUGACGGAAGCAAAGACGAAGUGUAUUUGUUAGGUCCAAGGGGAUUUAUGAAAGUAUUUAAAGAGCAUUUGAGCAAAAAGGGUAUUGAAGUCAAUUUAGAAUACUUCGGUCCCUUGGAUGUGUGA